GGGAGGGAGAGAGCACGAACAACAACAACAAGGUUUACAAUUUAUAAAUGCGCUUCUAAAUACUGUGGCCUCUCUCUCUAGGAUUCCCCCAUACCUACUUUCAGCUCUUAAGAGCACGCAUCACUGUUGCACUUCUUACUCGUUCUCCCUCUUUUUUUUUCUUCUUCUUCUUCUUCGCUAAACCCCCCCUUUAUUUUUCCUAUCUCACUAACAUCGAUGGGAGACGAGAAUAAGACCAAGUCCCCUGCUUCCGGCGUGUGGUCCACCAUCAAGCCUUUCGUCAAUGGCGGAGCCUCCGGCAUGCUCGCCACCUGUGUCAUUCAACCCAUCGAUAUGAUCAAGGUGAGGAUUCAACUUGGGCAAGGAUCAGCUGCGCAGGUCACUUCCACCAUGCUUAAGAAUGAGGGUGUUGCUGCCUUCUAUAAGGGUCUAUCUGCUGGAUUACUCAGGCAGGCUACAUACACCACUGCCCGUCUUGGAUCAUUUAAAAUCUUGACGGCCAAAGCUAUUGAGGCUAAUGAUGGGAAGCCCCUGCCACUGUAUCAGAAAGCUCUGUGUGGGCUGACUGCUGGUGCUAUCGGAGCAAGUGUUGGUAGUCCAGCAGACUUGGCACUCAUUCGGAUGCAGGCUGAUGCAACAUUACCUGCUGCUCAGCGCCGAAAUUACACAAAUGCCUUCCAUGCACUCUAUCGAAUUACUGCAGAUGAAGGGGUUUUGGCGCUUUGGAAAGGUGCUGGGCCUACUGUUGUAAGAGCCAUGGCAUUGAACAUGGGCAUGCUUGCAUCUUAUGAUCAAAGUGUUGAGUUCUUCAGGGAUUCUGUUGGUCUUGGUGAAGGUGCUACUGUGCUAGGUGCAAGUUCUGUUUCUGGAUUUUUCGCAGCAGCUUGCAGUUUACCAUUUGACUAUGUCAAGACCCAGAUCCAGAAGAUGCAACCUGAUGCUGAUGGGAAAUAUCCAUACACUGGCUCCGUUGAUUGUGCUGUCAAAACCUUCAAAGCAGGAGGACCAUUCAAAUUUUACACCGGAUUCCCUGUCUAUUGUGUUAGGAUUGCUCCUCAUGUGAUGAUGACAUGGAUUUUCCUGAACCAGAUACAGAAAUUGCAGAAAUCCUACGGGUUGUAGUUUGUAGUUCUCCGUGGUAACGGAUAUUUUCUGUUGAAUUCAAGCUUUUUGAGCAUAUUGAAUAAUUUGUUGGCUGGGUUGUAGCCCUUUUUGGCAACUAAACACCAAUGGAGCUGAUCAUUUUUUAAGUUUAAUUAAUCAUCCGAAUGAAGCGAGAAUUUGCAUACAAACAUUGUAUUAGUUAUAUAUAUAGAAUUGGAUGCGGCUGGAGCAGUUUAGUAUAAUUCCAUUUUAGCAUGGAUGUCAUUGAGAAACUAGAAUAAGUAAACUCCCGACAUCAAGUUUUGUAAUUUCUUUCCAUAUUUAUUUGUUGCAAGCUUUUCCUUUAA